AUGUGUUCGUAACGACGGUGGGUUAGCUUCGGCAAGGUCUUUUACUCGUGGUUUUGUAGUUCAUCAAGGUAACCCGUUGAAAAACACCAAAGUUAACUUAACAGACCACUUGGGGAAAUUUCCGAUUCAAAUGAGUGGGAACAGCGUAGCAGAGUCAGCGGUCGUGGAUGGCCUGGACGCAAACAAUGAAGUACAGCAACAUGUAUGCGAAACACCUGAUGACUCUUCCAGUUUGUCCAAACGGCAGCGAAAAAAAAUGUUGAAAUUAGUCACCUGGGAGGAAAAGAAAAAGCAAAAACGGUUGAAAGAAAGGGAAAAACAUAAGAUAAAAAAGGUGGAAGCUAUUGCACGGGGGCUUCCCGUGCGAAGCGGUCCAAGUCGAAAAGAGUUGAAGCUGAGGCAGAUCGACUAUAGCAAGGCUACCUGCGAAGUGGCCGUUGAUCUUAGUUUCGAUGGCUUAAUGAUCGAGAAAGAUGUAGCCAAGUGUGUAAAGCAGCUGCUGCGCAUAUACACGUUAAACCGAAGGGCUGAAAACCCUAUUCCGCUCUAUUUUACCGGCAUAGUUGAGGAUGGAGCAGUGAAAAAGCAUCUCGAUCGUUACGAUGGCUACAACCACUGGGAUGUUCGAAUUAACAGCCAGCACUUUCUUGACAUUUUUCCACGCGAGAAGCUGAUCUACUUGACCAGUGAGUCGGAUAAUGUGCUGGAGGGCAUUGAAGCAGACCACGUGUACGUGAUCGGAGGACUGGUUGAUCAUAAUCAAUACAAGGGACAUUGUCACAGAUUGGCCGAAAGUUACGGAAUACGCCAUGCACGGUUACCGUUAGUUGAGUAUCUCGAUUUUAAAACACGAACAAUACUGACUAUUAACCAAGUAUUUGAGAUACUGCUUAGCAUUCACCAAGGCCGGGCUUGGUUGCAAACGCUGCUCGAUGUGGUGCCCUUACGAAAAGGAGCUAAGGCAAAGGAAUCGUUAGCGACAAGCACAAAUAGCGAAAAACACGACGAUACUGUGUGACUAAAGUGUGGCUCGUCUGAUAUCUUCUUUUAUCUAACAAUUAGAGAACAAUAAAAAUAAUUGUAUCAUAUGCAUCAUCACAGCUGUUGAAACGGUCUCCGGUGUUUCAACAUAGAAGCUGGAAUCUGUGGAAGUACGUGAGAACACUGAGACCUACGUUGCUUCGCACGAUAGAUCCUCCGUACGUAACAAAAAUAUAUCACGACACAAGAGUAUAGCUAUGCUAGUCAUUAAGCGCUAAACAACGGCGACAAUCACACCGCAUUAUAGUGCUUAAUUACGACUGGUGGAAACUUUUAAAAUUUAAAUAAAAUGCAAAAGUCGUACGUCGCUGAAUAGCGUAUGUAUGCAAAUUGUAAAUUGUAAUGAAUGUAAUGUAUGGAAAUGUAUUGAAAA